GCGCCGCAGAGGGGAGGGCCGCCGGGGCCGGGCCGGGCCGGCGCGGCGAUGAUGAACAGGUUCCGAAAGUGGCUGUACAAACCUAAGCGGUCGGACCCGCAGCUGCUGGCCCAGUUCUACCAUGCGGACGAGGAGCUGAGCCAGGUGGCCGCCGAGCUGGACAGUCUGGACGGGCGGAAGGACCCCCAGCGCUGCACGCUGCUCGUCAGCCAGUUCCGCUCCUGCCAGGACAACGUGUUAAACAUCAUUAACCAGAUCAUGGACGUGUGCAUCCCCCAGGACCGCGCCCCACGGGAUUUCUGUGUCAAGUUCCCCGAGGAGAUCCGGCACGACAACCUGGCCGGCCAGCUGUGGUUUGGCGCCGAGUGCCUGGCCGCCGGCUCCAUCAUCAUGAACCGCGAGCUGGAGAGCAUGGCCAUGCGCCCGCUGGCCAAGGAGCUGACCCGCAGCCUGGAGGACGUGCGGGGCGCCCUCCGCGACCAGGCGCUGCGGGACCUCAACACGUACACGGAGAAGAUGCGGGAGGCGCUGAGGCACUUCGACGUGCUGUUCGCCGAGUUCGAGCUGAGCUACGUGUCAGCCAUGGUGCCCGUGAAGUCCCCCAGGGAGUACUACGUGCAGCAGGAGGUCAUCGUGCUGUUCUGCGAGACGGUGGAGAGGGCCCUGGACUUCGGGUACCUGACCCAGGACAUGAUUGACGACUAUGAGCCGGCGCUGAUGUUCACCAUCCCCCGUCUGGCCAUCGUGUGUGGCCUCGUGGUCUACGCAGACGGACCCCUGAACCUGGACCGCAAGGCAGAGGAUAUGUCUGAGCUGUUCCGGCCUUUCCACAUGUUGCUGCGGAAAAUCAGGGAUUUGCUGCAGACCCUGACAGAGGAGGAGCUUCACACGCUGGAACGGAACCUCUGCAUUUCUCAAGACGUGGAGUUCCCCAUCAGGGCAGAAACCCAGGUGCCCCCUGCCCUGGCGCCCACCUUCCCCGCGCCCCUGGCCCCGGAGGAGCCACUCUCAGCCAAGGCCAAAAACGCAGAGGCGGAUCUGGCCUGCUCCAUGCAAUACGAUGACCAGGAGCUGGAGCAGCUCAGCCGCAUGGUGCACAAGGCCGGGGACGAGAUGUCCUCCCUCCUCUCCCCGCCCAGUGCCGGCCAGUCCCCUGCACAUGGGCCAGGCGCCGCGGGCAGCCCCUGCGGGCAGGCGUCCCCGGGCGGCGCGCGGCCGCCGGGCAGCGACGAGGAGGAGGGGAGGGUGUUCUUCAUGGACGACGUGGAAGGGGCGGCAGAGGCCCCGGGCAGCCCAUCUGGGUGGGCGGGCAGUGCCAGGGCUGACCCCCAGCAGAGAGGGCAGGCCGGAGGGAGCAAAGAGCUGGGGGGCAGCAAGCCCGCUGCUGCGGAGGGGGACCUGAGCGACAACAUCGAGGGUGACAGAACGUGGGCAGUGGGCCCCAACCUCUGCAGCUGCCUGGACUCCCAGCCGCACCUGGAUAGCUGGGAGGUGAGUGUGGAUGAGGCCGAGACGGCCGAGCUGAUCGCCCACCGGACAGGGGGCAUGAAGCUCUCGGCCACGGUCAUCUUCAAUCCCAAGUCAUCCACCUCCUCGGACUCUGUCCCUGCCAACUCAGAAGCCCCUGGAAAGAGCGUCUCCCCCUCAGAGCCCAGGGCCGAGGGGACGGAGGCUGGCUCCCACAAACUCAGCACCACGGCCACCACCUGCCUCCUGAAUUCCUGCGUGUGCUGCGGGGGCUGCGGGGGCAGCAGGGAGGACGCGGCCGAGAGCCUGCGGGGCAAGGGCAGCUCAGGCAGCGUCAUCAGCUCCUCCUACGUCGGCUUGGCCAAGGCCAGUGCCAAGGACUCGGCUGCGGGGCUGUUGGAGGCCCGGCCUGCCCCAGAGGCCUUGCCCACGGGCACCCCAGCCCCCCUGCCAUCAGAAGACGCCCCUAACAGGCAGGAUCCCAAAGCCCCUACUUCCAACAAGUGCCUGGCACACCCCUCAGAGCCCCAUGUGGACGCAGCAGACCGGCUGCCCGGAGCGGGCGAUGGUGACGAGCAGCAGAACGAGGCUGAGUGCCUGCGGCCCUCGGUGCCUGGGGAGGAGAGUCGACUGGGAGGGGCAGCCGAGGAGGAGCCCCAGCACCUGCCGGGCUCCAGCAGCCCCACAGCUGGUUCCUGCUCCUCAGACAAGACGGGACCAGAGGUAGCCCCCGCAGCCACGAGAGAGAAGAUCCGGUCCAGGUUCCACGGCAGCCACGACCUGAUCCACCGCCUGUUUGUCUGCAUUUCAGGGGUGGCCGACCAGCUGCAGACCAACUAUGCCAGCGACCUGAGGAGUAUUCUCAAGACCCUCUUCCAGGUCAUGGCCACCAAGCCGGAAACAGAUGACAAGGAAAAGUUAAAGAAGGUCACCCAGACCCUGCGGAGCGCAGCCUUGGAGGAUUGCGCCCUGUGCCAGGAGACCCUGUCAUCCUCCGAACUUGCAGCCAAGACCCGAGACGGGGACUUGGAAGACCCGCCUGAGUGGGUCCCGGAUGAGGCCUGUGGUUUCUGCACCGCAUGCAAAGCCCCCUUCACGGUCAUCCGCAGGAAGCACCACUGUCGCAGCUGCGGGAAGAUCUUCUGCUCCCGCUGCUCCUCGCACUCCGCGCCCCUGCCCCGCUACGGGCAGGUGAAGCCGGUCCGCGUGUGCACGCACUGCUACAUGUUCCACGUCACGCCCUUCUACAGCGACAAGGCGGGCAUAUGACACGGCGCCAGGUGCCCCUCAAACCCACAAGGGCCCAGAAGGACUCCAGGAAGGAGGCACCGAGGGCCCGCGCUCCCGCCUCCCCCGUCCAGGCCGCUGGGCACAGGAGGGCUGCCACUGCAUCUCACCCAGCUGCUGCCGCCGCCGCUGCAGGGCUGCAGGCCUCCCAGACUUCCGGAACGUCCAGUGCCUCCCCGCCCGUGGGGACCCAGGCCAGCUGCAGGGCCCGACAGGAGGGCAGAUUCAGCAACGGGGGACAUGGGGGGGCCAGGCGCCUGGGCAGCUGUGGGCUCGUCUCCUGCCUGCCCCUCUGCCCCGGCCCCCCUGCACUGCUGCCUCGAGCCUCAGCCACAGCAGAAGGCCUGCUCUUGAUGGGGGAAGUGGGGUUAGUGUCUGAGUUCCAAGCAGCCUCAGAACCUGGGGCUAAAUCUGGGGCAGCUGGUGGACACCCGGGGAGAGGGACCUGGCCUCAGUGCUCCGCAGGGCUUCCCUGUGUGCUAACCAGACCAGAAAGACCAGGCUGUCCAUGCUGUCCCCAGGGCCCUGAGCCCAUAGUCCCCCACCCAAUUCUCCCCACCCCAUUCCCCUCAGGACCUUGUCUAAACAACACGAGUCUCAUUUCUUCUCAAACAGGGAAAAUGCAGAAGCCAACCCAGUGGUCCUCUGGGCAAGCAGGUGUGCCCCACCGUCUGUCCGCCCUGGCCCACCAGCUGACGGGGAGGGUCAGGAGGCGGGCAGAGGUUUCCCAGCAUCUGAAGCAAGGACUCACUGGGUGGCUGAGGACCACUGGACGUUGCCCACUUGGCUGCCACUACCCCCUUCCCUCCGCACCCCCGGGGGCCCUGGCCCACCCCCUCAGAUUCCAGAGUGGCCCCGGGCCCCAGCACGGACACCUCCUCAGGCUUAAAUCUCAGGCUUCACAUUGCAAUGAUGAUUGCAGUUUUAUUUUUAGAGAGAUGACACACCUACUGCUUCUUUUAUAGGAUAAAAUCCAACGACUGUUGAACAGCGGAAUACACAUGAACAAAAAAGGCUUCUGUGGGGGAAGAAAAGUAUAUAACAGAGGGUAUAUUAUGUAUUGAGAUUAUUUUUAUUUUCUAAAUGCUGUAAUU